UACAUUUUACAGUAAUGGUUGUGCCCAAAGAACGAUACCCUCACAAAAUGCAGAGGACAUCAGAAAGGCUGGAUUUGAACACUCCCUGCGGUAUGGUAGCCCACCCACCUUUGCAGAGAUUUUACGAUAGGGAUUUCAGUCUGUAAUAGAUUGAACUUUAUGCAGCAUUUUUGGGACUUUUUACAGACUUGCCAAUUAAAGAUAAUUUAAACCUAGAGUAGUCAACACAUUUAUUAGUUGAAGUUCCAUCAGUUUGGGAAUGUAUGCGAGGGAGAUUUCUUCCGUGGCACCAGUUCUGAGUUGUCUACUAAUGAUAAGUGUUUUUGGGACGCUCGGGAUUUGUUCAGUAUUAAAAGUACGAGUGCGUUUAAGUGAUGGACUAAUUGCAGAGGAGAUUUUGGAAGCCAACAGUGAGAAGGAUACCAUAACAGUCGAGUACAAGCAAGGAGAUGGUACUCAUAAUACGGUGGUGUUUGAUUUCAAACGGGAUGUGAGGAUCGUCCGAGCUUUGAUCCUGGGGGAGCCAGAGCGUGGCCAGACCCAGUACCAGGUGCUGUGCUUCGUCUCGCGCCUAAAUCACCACGAGAUCAUUCCCACGGAAUCCAUGGUCCACCUUAGACAGAAGAACCCCCACUUGGUCCGCACAGCGGAAGAGAGGCGUGGCCUGGAACACCUCCACAUGGACAUGGCGGUGAAUGUGAGUCAUGCAGGGCACCUCAACACCCUCAUCCACAAUGUGUGUCAGGGGGCCCACGAGGGUUUUUAUAUCCGCAAAUCCGACUGGCUGGAUAAAGAGACCACUGAAUUCGAGCCCCUGCUCCAGAUAGCAGAUGCCAUUGGUCUGCGUCGAUGCCCCUCCACUCUGGAUCUGUGGCAACCCUGCAUGUGCAGCUAUCGCCUGCAUCUAGAGUGGAUUCCCUGCCUACUUAAAUACUGCCACAGCCGCCGGGACACAGCGGGAAGGGCCAACCCAUACAAGUGUGGAAUCAGGAGCUGUAGCCAGGGCUACCGCUUUGACUACCAUGUCCCCCAUAGACUGCUCUGCCCAUGGGACGAGGAGACAUAAAGCAGUCGGUUUUUACUUCUGGUCUUUUCGUGGAAGGUGUUCAAUCUAGUGUCCAUGUGUAGAAUGAGCACGGCAGGAAAUUAACAUAAGAGGCCUUAUUGUGAGGAAACUGACCCUUAAGUGUAACCAUGGAGUUAGACACGGCACCGUGAUGCUUUUGGACAGUCUGCACAGUGUGUUUGGGUUCAACCAGACAAUAGUGUAUAUACUGUAACAGUACAGCUAGACAGGGUUUAAUGUUGGGCAUUGUUACAAUGUUAUUGUAUGCCCAUGAUCCCUUAGAUAGAUUAGCAUGAGAUUGUCAACUUCCUUUCAAUCGCCAACCUGAAAAGGCUGGUGGUGUGAAAUGUUCAUCAGGCAGCUAACAUGUUGGAAUUCUUUAUUUCCGUCUUGUUAAGAUUUGUUUUUGUUUCUCUUUGAUUCACAAGAUUUUUCUCAGGUUUACUAUCUUAAUGAUGUUGGAUUGAAUAAAGAAUGUAGUGGACUGAACUUUCUGUAUCCUUUAUGGGCUCUUAUAUAUUUAUUUGAAGUGCCAGUCAAUAGCUUAUACUAGAGAUUGCUGUUCUGCAUGUCAUUGUUGCUGUAUGCUAAUUGCUUGUGUUAUGUAUUGCCUCAAAUAUCUGUGAUCGGGGAGCUUUUAUCAAUAAAUGUGAUCUAUUGUGCAUAUGCACCAAAAGAAAAUCUAAACCUGAUGUUAUUUACAAUAAAACCAU